GUUCUCUCUCUCCGCACCGGGUCCGGUAUUGCAGGUCCAGUUCUGGGGGAAAAACUCGAGUCCAGGCCGCGAUGAGCCACUGAGAGCCCCGCAGAAAACACAAAUAAUCGGCCGAGCAUCAUGACGGCGCCGCGCUAGAGCCCCGCAUCCUCAGCAUCAGCAGCCUCAUCAGCAUCAGCAUCAUCAUCAUCUCAGGUGCGCAGGAUGGAGUUCAAAGAGCUGGUGGACGCCGCUGAGAAAUGGUGCACCGGGAACCCGUUCGACCUGAUUUUCGCCGAGGAUGUGGACGAGAGGCGGCUGGACUUCUACGCCGAGCCCGGGAUCUCGUUCUACGUGCUCUGCCCGGACAAUCUCACCGGAGGAACCGACAAUUUUCAUGUGUGGAGUGAGAGCGAGGACUGUCUGCCAUUCCUGCAGCUGGCGCAGGACUACAUCUCCUCCUGCGGGAAGAAAACACUGCUGGAGGUGCUGGAUAAAGUCUUCAGAUCCUUCAGGCCUCUCCUGGGUCUUCCAGAUAUCGACGAUGACACGUUCGAUCAGUAUCAUGCAGAUGUAGAGGAGGAACCAGAGCCAGACCACCAGCAGAUGGGUGUGAGCCAGCAAUAAUGCCCAGCAGAGAGGCUCCACGCUGGGCCUCAGUCUCUGCAUCAAGCCCUGCUUCUCUAACCCCAUAAACCUGCCUCUUCUUCCUUAACACACACACACACAUACACACACUGGAUCUCUUUUGCGUGUCUCUCAUACACUGCACCAUUACAUACACCCUUUAAUAUCUGGACGGCUUUUCCUGCUCCCUGAUUUCAAGCCCAAUGAUCAUUUAUUUUGAUUUGUUCUUAUUUAAUGUCAUGGUUAUUGCAAAAUUUGUUCAAAUCACUUGACUGGAAGUGAAAUCAUAAGGUAAAUCUGACACGCUGAUAUAGUGUUCUCAUCUGAUUACGUUGCAUGUUUAAUUCAUCGUGUGGUGUGUCGUCAUCAUCCUGAAAAUGGCUGAAAUUACGAGCUAUUAAUGUCUUAGCAGUCUGAUCAAAAUCUAAACAUAGCAGUUUGGUGUCUUUCGGAUUUGGAUCACAGUGUAAUUUUGAUGCAUUGCAUUGUGGGAGACAGUCCUAAGCAAAAAAUAAUACACAUUUUGGUAAACGCUGUAUGUUAUUCGGUUAUUUCUGUUAGAUAUUAAAGUUACAUGAUGUUAACAGUACACACACUGCAGACUAACAUGCUAUCAUAGCACUUGUGGAGGUGAAUAAUUAAGAUGACGUGGAUUUGAAGUAAUAUGCACCAAUGAAUCAUUCUUAAAUAAUGUAGAAACUAUUGUUGAAUUAUUGUCCGUUGUGGAUUUAUUGCACCUGUUAGUGAUCCCGGACCACUAAACCAGUCUUAAGCUGUACGGAUAUAUUUGUGCAAUAGCCAAAAAUGCAUUGCACACUUUAAAAAUAUGAUGGCUCACUUAAAUUAUUAAGUUGAGCCAAAUAAAAUGUAAAAGUUAUUUUACCGGGUGUCACGGUGGCUCAGUGGCUAGCACUGUGGCCUCACAGCAAGAAGCUUGCUGGUUCAAGUCCCAGCCGGGUCAGUUGGCAUUUCUGUGUGGAGUUUGCAUGUUCUCCCCGUGUUGGUGUGGGUUUCCUCCGGGUGCUUCGGUUUCCCCUACAGUCCAAACACAUGCGCUAUAGGGGAACUGAUGAACUAAAUUGUCCGUAGUGUGAGUGUGUGUGAUUGUGAGUGUGUAUGGGUGUUUCCUUAUACUGGGUUUUGGCUGGAAGGGCAUCAGCUGUGUAAAACACAUGCUGGAUAAGUUGGCGGUUCAUUCCGCUGUGGCGACCCCUGAUAAAUAAAGGGACUAAGCCGAAGGAAAAUGAAUGAAAUAAGUUAUUUUAACUUACAUUGAUUAAGCUGAUUUAAAAUGUCAAGUUAUAAUUCAUUUAACUUAAAAAUUUAAGCCGAAUUAACUUACUAAAGUACGUUAAAAUAACAUAAAUACACCACUUUUCUAUCAAGUCAAAAUGAA